ACUAGUGGUUGCGCGGUAAUCGACUUUUUACACGCCGGUAAUGGUUCGAGUAUGGUAUCUUAGGAACUGAAUACUACCACUGUGCAUUAGAAUCCGCAGCUAGAAGCACGGCCGAUAUCUCGUUGAGAGAGGUCAGAGAAGUGGUCAUUUGUGAUUUGCGUUUAUUUAAGUGUGAGCACAUUUGCUCGUCGAUCUACGUUAGCAUUCGUAUAUUGGAUGCGGUGACACGACUCGGAAGCGACCCUCCAGCAGUGACCAUCUCUCUGACCUCUCCGCCAUGCUGGGCGCGUGUGUCUCCCGCGGGGCGGCUUUGCCCUCGCGACACCGCCAGUUCCUCGUGUGGUCGCUCUCCAGGUCCGGCUUCUCCACCGACGUCGAGUACAAGCCCAUACGGAGCAUCCUCUGCGCCAACAGGGGGGAAAUCGCUAUCCGUGUGUUCCGAGCAUGCACGGAGCUCGGCAUCAAGUCCGUGGCAAUCUACUCCGAGCAAGACAAGAUGCACAUGCACCGGCAGAAAGCGGACGAGUCCUACAUCGUCGGCAAAGGACUACCACCUGUGCAGGCCUACCUCAACAUUCCAGAAAUCAUCCGAGUAGCUAAGGAAUAUGAUGUCGAUGCCAUCCAUCCAGGGUACGGAUUUCUCUCGGAACGGGCAGACUUUGCCCAAGCGUGUUUGGAUGCGGGCGUCAGGUUCAUUGGUCCGUCGCCCAGGGUCGUGCAGCAGAUGGGGGACAAAGUUGCUGCCAGACAGGCUGCUAUUGAUGCAGGAGUGGCAGUGGUCCCCGGAACACCAGGCCCUAUCACCACGUCGAAAGAUGCCAUGGAGUUCUGUCUGAAACAUGGUCUUCCUGUCAUAUUCAAAGCUGCCUACGGCGGUGGCGGUCGAGGGAUGAGGGUUGUGCGGAAAAUGGAGGAGGUAGAAGAAAUGUUCCAACGAGCCAGCUCGGAGGCGGCGGCAGCGUUCGGCGACGGAGCCAUGUUCAUAGAGAAGUUCAUCGAGCGGCCCCGCCACAUAGAGGUGCAGCUGCUGGGCGAUCGAGCGGGCAACGUCGUCCACUUGUACGAGCGGGACUGCUCCGUGCAGCGACGCCACCAGAAGGUGGUCGAGAUCGCACCCGCACCCAGCCUCAACCGCAAGGUGAGGGACCAAAUGACUGAACAGGCCGUUAAGUUGGCAAAGCACGUUGGCUACGAGAACGCAGGAACUGUGGAAUUCUUGCUGGACGAGAGUGGCAACUUCUACUUCAUAGAGGUUAACGCCCGCCUGCAAGUGGAGCACACGGUCACGGAGGAGAUCACAGGGAUCGACCUGGUACAAUCACAGAUCCGAGUGGCGGAAGGAAUGACUCUGCCAGAGAUGGGGAUGACUCAGGACAACAUCCACCCGCAGGGAUGUGCGAUCCAGUGCCGGGUCACCACGGAGGAUCCUGCCAAAAACUUCCAGCCAGACACCGGCAGGAUCGAGGUUUUCCGCAGCGGAGAAGGAAUGGGCAUCAGGCUGGACGGAGCAUCUGCGUUUGCUGGAGCCAUCAUCUCCCCUUACUACGACUCGCUGCUGGUGAAGGUUAUCGCUCACGCCAGCGAUCUGCAGGCAUCGGCGGCCAAGAUGAAUCGUGCUCUGCGAGAAUUCAGGGUUAGAGGGGUGAAGACAAAUAUCCCAUUUCUGCUGAACGUCCUCGAGAACCAGAAAUUCCUGAACGGCACUGUCGACACGUACUUCAUAGACGAGCAUCCAGAGCUGUUCCAGUUCCAGCCCACCAGGAACCGUGCCCAGAAACUGCUGAACUACAUCGGCACGGUGCUCGUCAACGGACCGUCCACCCCACUCGCUACCAACUUGAAGCCAGCGGAGAUCCACCCCCACGUUCCGGAGAUCCCACUAGAUUUCUCCUCCCAAGCAGCGAGAACCAACGAUGAUUCUGAGGAAGAUGUUGGUCUGGCGCCCCCGCAGGGCUUCCGGCAGAUCCUGCAGAAGGAGGGUCCCGCGGGCUUCGCAAGGGCGGUGCGGUCCCACGAGGGCCUGCUCCUGAUGGACACGACGUACCGCGACGCGCACCAGUCCCUGCUUGCCACCCGGGUCCGCAGCCACGACCUGCUGCUCAUCUCCCCCUUCGUCGCCCACAACUUCAGCCAGCUGUUCGCCCUCGAGAACUGGGGAGGAGCGACAUUCGAUGUUGCACUGCGAUUUCUCCACGAGUGCCCGUGGGAGCGCUUGGAAGACAUGAGGAAACUGAUACCAAACAUUCCAUUCCAGAUGCUGCUGAGAGGGGCCAAUGCAGUUGGCUACACCAACUAUCCCGAUAACGUUGUGUACAAGUUCUGUGAACUGUCGGUGCAAUGUGGGAUGGACAUAUUCCGGGUGUUUGACUCGCUCAACUACCUGCCCAACCUCAUUGUGGGCAUGGAGGCGGCGGGCAAGGCAGGCGGUGUUGUCGAGGCGGCCAUCUCGUACACCGGAGACGUGUCCGACCCCAGUCGCAAGAAGUACGACCUGAAAUAUUACCUGAACCUCUCCGAUGAGCUCGUCAAGGCGGGCACACACAUUCUGUGUAUAAAGGACAUGGCAGGGUUGCUGAAGCCCCGCGCCGCGCGGCUGUUGAUCGGCGCGCUCCGCGACAGGCACCCGGACGUGCCCAUCCACGUCCACACGCACGACACGGCCGGCGCUGGCGUCGCCUCCAUGCUGGCGUGCGCCGAGUCGGGCGCGGACGUGGUGGACGUGGCGGUGGACUCCAUGUCGGGCAUGACCUCCCAACCGAGCAUGGGCGCCGUCGUGGCAGCCCUGCACGGGGACAAGCUGGACACAGGUUUGGACUUGAAGAACAUAAGUGAGUACUCUGCGUAUUGGGAGCAGACACGAACGCUGUAUGCUCCGUUUGAAUGUGCGACUACGAUGAAGUCUGGCAAUGCAGAUGUGUACUUGAACGAGAUCCCUGGUGGACAGUACACAAACCUGCAGUUUCAAGCAUAUUCUCUCGGCCUUGGAGACUUCUUUGAAGAUGUCAAGAAGGCGUACAGAGAGGCGAAUCUCCUCUUGGGAGACAUCAUUAAGGUUACGCCAUCGUCCAAAGUAGUUGGCGACCUGGCUCAGUUUAUGGUACAAAACAAGCUGACCUCGGAAGAUGUUCUUAACAAAGCAGAGGAGCUCAGCUUCCCCAAGUCUGUGGUGGAGUUCCUGCAGGGCUACAUUGGCGAGCCUUACCAAGGUUUUCCCGAGCCUUUCAGAUCAAAGGUGCUGAAGGCAAUGCCUCGCGUCACGGGCCGCCCCGGCGCCAGCCUGCCCGCCCUCGACUUCAAGGCCUUGAAGACUGACCUGCAGGAGCGACACCCGCACCUCAGCGACCGGGACGUCGUGUCGGCGGCCCUGUACCCUCAGGUCACCGAGGACUUCCUCAGCUUCAGGGAGAAGUUCGGGCCUGUGGACAGGCUCGACACCAGGAUAUUCCUUACCGGGCCUAAAGUUGGCGAAGAAUUCGAGGUAACGAUAGAAAGAGGUAAAACGCUUGGCAUCAAGACAUUGGCGAUGGCAGAGGACCUCACACCGAACGGAGAACGAGAAGUGUUCUUUGAGAUGAACGGACAGCUCAGGUCUGUGUUUAUCAAGGACAAAGAAGCAGUCAAGGAGCUGCACAUUCACCCCAAGGCCCAGAAGGGCGUGAAGGGCCAAGUGGGGGCCCCGAUGCCGGGCACGGUGAUCGACAUCAAGGUGGCGCCCGGGGACAGGGUGGAGAAGGGGGCGGCGCUGGUGGUGCUGUCCGCCAUGAAGAUGGAGAUGGUGGUGCAGGCGCCGGUGGCCGGCACCGUCAAGAGCCUCGACGUCGCGCCCAACAUGAAGCUGGAGGGGGAUGAUCUCAUCAUGACCAUAGAGUAGGCGGCCGGCGCGGCGGCUAAAGCACGAGUCUUCUAAAACUAAGAAGAUAAAGACUUCAAAAAUACUAAACGGAAACUGCCAGUUUUGAAUUAGUUUUUUUUUUUUUUUUUUUUUUUUUUUUUUUUUAAUUGAAGAAGGAAUGGAAGAACUUAUGAAAAUAUUGUGAUGUGCUUCGGUAUGUACAAUUUAGAAUGACAUAUUGUAGUUUUAGCAUACUUUUCAUGUAGUUUAUUCUGUAAGUACAAUUUUUGAUUUGUUCCAUGGCCUUUGUUUUCAAAUUCUAAUAUGCAGUUUUGUGGUCAGUAUUUGUUUAUCAGAAGUUUGACAAGAUCCAGGAACAUGAGUUAUCUUAUGAACCAUACCUUUACAUUGUUAAUAUUAUGUGCAGUAAAAGAAAGCAUUUUAAAAUUUAUACAUAAACUUAACCUAAUUAAAUACUAAAUUGUGUUAUUAUGGAGAGAAACAUUUUAAUGAUGUAUUAUUGACAAAAAAAUUAUUUUAAAAAACCGAGCAGUUGUUUAGUUUAAAUUAUUGAUAAUUGUGAUAAAGGAACUUUGGAAUGUGGUAAAAUCAAAUGGUGCUAGGAUAUAGAAAUAUUUUUUUAAAGUAACAAAUAUUAAGUGUUAAAUUUAUUUGUUGAAGUGGGCCAUUGUACUUGUGGUUGUUAAGAUGUCAAAUAGUUUACCGUUGCUACCAUGUUUGAUAUGUGCAUUGUUGAAUAUUUGUGUAGCAGAAAUUUGUGUAUAUAUUUUUUUUGUUAUAUAAAUGGUUUACCAAGGUUCGUGAGUUAAUUAUGUCAUUAAAGAAUGCUUGUUUAAUUUAACAAGCAAAACAAACAAGAGAAUUGGAGAAGUUAUAAAAUUGGUAUUAGGGUGAUGCUGUGAAGCAAAGAUGUUUCCAGCCCUCAUGAUUCCAUACCAUGAACUGCAUUUGGCUCAGAUCACCAAUGCUAAGAAUAUGCUUGCCGAUUGUCAAGUGACAAAAAGAGGGUGAAUUUAUCAAAAUAUUUCCUGCAAUAAAAAAAAUUUUUUUGUUACAAUUUUGUGCUCUCCUAAUGGACGUAGGUAUAAACUUGUCAUUUGGCAGUAAAUUUUUUGUGAAUUGUAUUAAGUAAAUACUAUAGCCUACUUUAUCAGAUGAAAAACAUGAAACAAAUCAUUGUAAGUUCUAAGAGUGGCCAAGUUUUGGUUUUGAUUAGCCUAUCUCAAGGAAUAGAAAAAUUGUUAAAGGUACUACCAAAUAUUGUAGUAGAACAUGGCAAACUUGAGUGCAGUAAUCCUAGUGGCUUGUCCUGAAGAACGCCUGCGUGAUUCAAAUUCUCGUGUAUUACAAUGUGAUCUUCACACAGAUUUUUUCUCUCAUUGGAAAUAAUGUUGUAGAAAAAUAAAUUUACACUCCAUAUAAUUGCCUGAAAAUAGUGUAUUCAUAAUCAAAACAUGUUUUCGCAAUGUACAAAAAUACGUUGACUUAGGCCAUUUGUUAACGAUCAUUUAACUUUUAACAAUGAAAUGUAGACAACUUUAAACCUGAAUUUUUGUAAAUUGUUUAUUCCGUAAAUAAUUCUAUGAAACAUGAUAAAAUGGUUGUUAAUUUCCUAAAAUAGGUGCUCAUCUGGGAAAAAAAAACUCUCUGAAAGUGAGAUUCUUGAAUACUACUGACCUGAAAAACACCGAUAAUGUUUUUAAUAUCGCUAACUUAAACCAUUUACAACAAAUGUUUUUAAAAACAUGGUAUAUUAAAAAGAUUACAUAAAUAUUUAAAAGCAUGAAAUGUUGCAGAUUCUUUACUUCAUACUCAUUGAGAUUUGUUUCUAUUAAGGUUGUAGACACACUUUUUUCAUAAUUAGAUGAAGACUGUAAUACAUAUUCCUAUUAUUUUCAACGACAGUUGUGCGAAAUUUCACUGAGAAGUUCCAAAUUACUGCUUUAAGGGGUGGAAAAGGGUAAUGGGGGUGGUUUCUAGAAAUCUUAUGUAGAUGGUGACAUUCUAAUUAAUUUGAUGGUCAAGUGUGCGAGAUUUCAUCAAGGUUGGAAUAAAAUAUUGAAUUUGUAUUAAAAACAUUAAAACAUUUAUGUAUAUACGCACAUUCACGUAUACGGUAUAUCCAAUCAAUGAUUUUGAUGAUUUUACUGUAAAAAAAAUUUUUUUUAUGUUCACUAAGUGUAUUUAAAGUGAUUAUAAUCUUAUUUUAAUGAUUUUCUUUAACUACGAUGUUAAAAUGUAAUAAUGAGUCAUAGGAAAAUGUAAAAUAGAAUUCUAAAUGGACACGAUUUGAUCCAAAGUACUUUUAUCCUCUGGCCACACAUAACACCUCAAUGCAAAAUAGAUGUCUGAACAAAGAAUAAAAUAUUGUGUUAGCAAUGGUGCACUUCCAAAAUUAUAUGUAGCCUAUUUAAUAAGUUUGAGACUAUUUCUUUGAGGGGCUAUUAAAUUUUAUAAAAUGUAAACAUUUUUUGCUAUCACAAAAAUUUAUUUGGCACAAUGAUAAGCUUGUUAUGUUUCCUGGUGUUCAUACAAGCGAAUAUACAGGUUCUCUGAAAAGUUUCCAAUUUCAACAUGAAGAUGGCAGCACUUGUCAACAAAAAUUGGGGAAUGUGUUUGUGCAUGCUUUGGAAUGUAUUCUCUGAAAUUUAAGCCAUUUUGGAUGUACAUUAGUUCAACAAUCAUUUGCUUGAGUCAAUGCUGGGUUGGGUGCACAGACCUAGUGGCCUGCGUUGGUGCUUGAGUGUAUCUGAGUUGGUACCAGUGGGGCAUGCUGGUUUGGCGGUGAGCGAGUGUUUGUCUGCCUCCACGCUGCCAGUCAGCACGUGCGCUUGAAAGUAGGGAAAGAAGGCGGUGUUGAGCGCAUAUAAGAAAACAAUUGUAUUAAUUUAAUUACGUUAAUCGCGAGUGGAUGCAUCGAAUCUUACUCCAGAAGGGAUGGAGUGGCAGGUCGCCUGUCACCAGUAAAACGCUGUCAGCAGUUAGAGAAAUUAUCGGGCUGUUAGUCCAAAACUCUAGCCCCAGCACCUAUACUUCAGCAGCUUCAAGUUAAUUUAAAAUGCUGAAAUGUGAGUUUGUGCAUUGACACAUUCAAGGAACCCCUCCCACCCUACUUCUUUAUGACCACUUGGAUGUUGCAUUUUUUGACCAGUCCUCUUCCCCAAAUAGAAAAAAAAGACAGCAAGCUACCCUUUCUUGACUGUUUCUUUUAUAAAAACUAGCAUGAUAACAGUCAAGAGAAAUAUAUGCGUGGGGGUGGGAAAAAACUUAAGAUACAUCAGUUGCUUCUUAAAACCUGUCAAAAUAGGAGAUUGUGUACAAUGCCAGUUCACGGAAAUUUACAAAAGUGAGGGAGGGCCAAAGGGGCGGAACAUGGCUACUAAAAAAUCUGUAUGGUUGAGAAAUGCAAACAUAAAAAAAUUAAGUUUUAAAAUUAAAGAAAUAUAAAAAAUUCUUAAACGUGGAGUCCACGUCAGACAGAAGUGACACUUCUUGCUUAUUAUAUUUGGUAGAGGAAACAUUCUUUUUUGCUGAGGUCACAGAUUAAAAAAUUAUACAUACAAGUAGGCAAGCGCUAAGUAAUCCUAUUCCGCAAGUAUGCUGCAUCAUUUCUACCUCUCCUCUGGCAUCUCCACCGCAUACCUAAUUAUUCCCCUCAUGCGAUCAGAAUUUUUGUCACGCUCUAAAAUUUUAGCCCACUCAGAAAGAAGUUUCACUUCAAAAAGUAAUUUUACAAACAUUCUUAGCUUAGUAUAUAUGAAAUGGUGUAUUAACAGUGUGGCAUAUUGAGUAGAAUGGCAAAUUAUUAUACUUUGGAAUAAUUUUUUACAAUGUUGAAUUAUCUUGGUAGCAAUGAAAUAAGCAUGGUUGUCAUGUGCAGAUGUGUGCCUGUGUAUUUUUUUGCAGUUGAAUCUGAGGUUAUAGUUUUAAACACUCAUACGUUUUGGCUAUGCAAUUUAUAAUUUAAUUUUAGAAACAAAAAGAUCAAGCAUUUUAACAUAGUGUUUUGGUCGUUCCCUAUUGGAAAAAAAAAAUCUUGAAAUUUAUGGUGAAUAUUCCCAGCAAUGAAUCACCCCAAAAAAAAAUUAAGGUUCCCAAAUUUUACUUUCUAAACAUUGACGUUUAGAUUGUUAGGUUGCCUAUACAUACCACACAAUUCACUGAUUUCCAAAGAAAAUAAGGGCGUUAGUUAUAGCAUUGAGUUGCGACUCUUACCUUCCUUGCUUUAUGUGGAGAACUGUCAACACUGCUACAUGGCCACACGAGCUCACAGAAAAACACACACACACACACACACACACACACACACACACACACACACACACACACACACACACACACACACACACACACACACACACACACAAAC